CCAUAUUUAAAUCCACAAUUUAGAGACAUAAAGAGAUGCAAUAUUAUUAUUUUCUCUCCCCCUCAGGGCUCAAUCACUUCAUAAAUAUCUGAAAAUCUGUUCAAAACAGCUGGAUUUCAACUGAUUUUGGUACCCUAGCAUUUGGAUCCAACCUUAUGUUAUAGAUGUGGAAGCAAACAUAUCUCGUUGAAUAGAUUCUUUCUUUUUUUUUGGUUGCAUUUUGUGCUUAAAGUGGUGAGGGGAAGUGUUUGGAUCGGAGAUGGAAGGAAUUGCCGGCGAAGUGGUGGAGGUUAGAAGCAAUGCGAGGAGUGACUCGUCGAUGAGGACCACAUCGACCACCGCGGCGGGUGUACCUCCAUCGUUGACGGUAUCGGCGUCGUUUAGAGAGAGUGGAGGGAAAAGUUCAUCGAGGAGGAGAACUGUCAGACCUAGCUUCGACGCGGAUAAUGAUUUCAUCCCGUUUCUUCACGGGUCGGAUCCGGUGAAGCUGGAGCUUACCCGAUUGGAGAAUGAAGCUAGAGAUAAAGAUAGAGAAUUGGGAGAAGCACAAGUGGAAAUCAAGGCAUUAAGGAUGUCUGAAAGGCUAAGAGAAAAGGCUGUCGAAGAGCUCAGUGAUGAGCUCUCGAAAAUGGCAGAAAAACUUAAAUUGACAGAAUCUCUUCUUGAAAGCAAGAACCUUGAAAUCAAGAAAAUAAAUGAAGAGAAGAAGGCAUCCAUGGCUGCUCAGUUUGCAGCUGAGGCGACUUUACGGAGAGUUCAUUCUGCUCAAAAGGAUGAUGAUAUGCCUCCAAUUGAAGCAAUUCUCGCACCCUUGGAGGCUGAGCUGAAGCUUGCUCGGCAAGAGAUUGCAAAGCUUCAAGAUGAUAACAAAGCCCUUGAUCGUCUGACUAAAUCAAAAGAAGCAGCUUUACUAGAAGCGGAAAGGACUGUCCAGGUUGCAUUGGCCAAAGCAUCCAUGGUGGAUGACCUCCAAAAUAAAAACCAGGAGUUGAUGAAGCAGAUAGAAAUUUGCCAGGAAGAAAACAAAAUUUUGGAAAAAAUGCAUCGCCAAAAGGUUGCAGAGGUCGAAAAGCUUACACAAACUGUAAGGGAGCUGGAAGAGGCUGUUCUUUCUGGUGGGGCUGCUGCAAAUGCAGUUCGAGAUUAUCAACGGAAAGUUCAGGAGAUGAAUGAGGAAAGAAAAACUCUUGAUCGGGAGCUGGCACGUGCAAAAGUAACGGCUAAUAGAGUGGCCACAGUUGUCGCAAAUGACUGGAAAGAUGCUAAUGACAAAGUGAUGCCUGUAAAACAAUGGCUUGAAGAGCGAAGAUUCUUGCAGGGAGAAAUGCAGCAACUUCGUGACAAGCUUGCUAUAACCGAGCGAGCUGCAAAAUCAGAAGCACAGUUGAAAGAGAAAUACCAAUUGCGGCUUAAAGUUCUAGAAGAAAACUUGAGAGGAUCUUCAAACAGCAUUAGUCGCAAUACAUCAGAUGGAAGAAGCAUGAGUAACGGGCGAUCUAGGCGUCAGUCUCUUGGUGGAGCUGAUAACUACUCAAAGCUUACAUCGAAUGGACCUUUAUUCAAGAGAUCACCAAGCUUUCAAUUGAGACCCUCUUUGUCUUCUAGUACAGUGUUGAAGCAUGCUAAAGGAACAUCCAAAUCAUUUGAUGGAGGCACGAAAUCGUUAGAUGGGGCUAAAGUGCUUUUAAAUGGAACCGGCUCAAAUUCUUCAUUAAACCGGCCUUCUGAAGGAACCAAGGAGGAUGAGGCACCGAGUAAUGAAAAAACAAAUGAUUUCCAGCCAGUAGACACUGAGGAUAAUGUUCCGGGAGUAUUGUAUGAUUUGCUGCAGAAAGAGGUUAUAGCUUUGAGGAAAGCUGGUCUGGAGAAAGACCAAAGCCUUAAAGAUAAGGACGAUGCAAUUGAGAUGCUUGCUAAGAAAGUGGAAACAUUGACAAAGGCAAUGGAAGUUGAGGCUAAAAAGAUGAGAAGAGAAGUAGCUGCCAUGGAGAAAGAGGUUGCCGCCAUGCGAGUGGAGAAAGAACAUGAGAACAGGGCCAAGCGGUUUGGUAACUCCAAGGGAUCGGCUGCUCAGCUGCUUACUGGAAGAAAUGUGACUCGAAGCGGGUUAACACGCAGCACUCAAUAACGACAAAUUUUAAUCGAAGAAUCAAACAACUAGUAUGUUUGCAAAGUCUCCUUUUUCUUUUUCUAUAAAUUUUCCUCUAUAACUUGCAUGCCAACGAACCUACUAUCUUUAGAGAAGAAAUCCAGGAAAAAGACGGUAAAACACGGAGGAAGAAAUCAAAUUGGUGUGCUUCUAACAUAGACUGCUUAUUCCUGUGCUUAGAGAUUAGCCAAAAACAAGAACAGAUAAAAGGAACUAUUAACCUUUGGGGCAAACAUUAUGAUAGAUUUUCACGGGUGGCUAGUGAUUGUGUGUUUGUAUAGGUAGAUUCUUUUUUUUUUCCUUCCGGAUUUUCGUUGGUCAUCGUUGACUCAAUCCUGGGAUUUCUUUAGCAGUUCAUAUAUGUAAUCUGCUAUUAGUGUGUUUGUUAAUAUUCCUGUAUUGAGA